AUGUCCGGUGACAACGUUUUCUUCGAUGUCUCAGUUGACAAUAACCCACUUGGUCGUAUUACAUUCAAACUCUAUGAUGAUGUUGUACCAAAAACAACAGCCAAUUUCCGAGCAUUAUGCACAGGUGAAAAAGGUUUCGGUUAUCAAGGAAGUACAUUUCACCGUGUAAUUCCACAAUUUAUGCUUCAAGGUGGUGAUUUCACCCGACACAAUGGUACUGGUGGCAAAAGUAUCUAUGGUGAAAAAUUCGCCGAUGAAAACUUCAAACUUAAACAUACAAAACCAGGUCUUUUAUCUAUGGCUAAUGCUGGUCCAAACACCAAUGGUUCACAAUUCUUCGUUACUACCGUUGUAACAUCAUGGCUCGAUGGCAAACAUGUCGUCUUCGGUGAAGUCGUUGAUGGCAUGGAUAUUGUUAAGAAAAUCGAAGGCUUAGGUUCACAAUCUGGCACACCAAAAGGCAAGGUUGUUAUUACAGCCUCUGGCACCGUCUAA